AUGUCAUGAAUUCGGAGCUUUAGAGAUUUAAAUAGAGACCAAGGCAACGAUAGAGAGCGGCAAAGACUUAUAAGAAGUAAUAAUUUACAAAAAUACCCAAUUCUUGGAGAAAGUCCUGAGUUAGGUACAUCCCAACAAGCUCGUAAGGAGUCAUUUCUUGACAUGCUGAGAUUAUUCUUUUGUCCUUCAUUCACGAUUAAAUCUUUUGUGUUUACUAUCACUUGUGUACAGAUUUUUAUAUAUUUUCUGACAGUCGUCUGCUAUUAUAACUCAAAUGCUUUUUUAAAGCCAAGUUCUGAAUCUCUUGACUUAUUUGGGGAGAAGAACACAGACAAAAUGAAGAAUCAUUAUGAAUUAUGAAGAUUUUUAACUCCUGUAUUUUUACAUGCAAAUCUCACACAUUUAAUAUUUAAUAUGCUUAUGCAAGUUAUUAUUGGAAUAUAGAGUAAAGUGGCGUGGCAAAACAACCCACAUCUUAACUCCUGAAGCCGGCUAAGACCUGGGACAUUGUGGAAGAGAGGAUGGCAUUCGGUAAUGUGCAUCCGGUAUGUUUUACUUAGAUUGGUAAAGUGCGAUGUCUGAUUAAGCCUACCGCAGCUCAUUCCAUAUCAAGGUUUUACCUCUGGAGAGAAGAUGGUGCUCAAGGCCGGAAAGGGACGUCCCAGCAACACAGUAAAGUUCCUCCUGGUCAAUCGGAAACUUUUACCAGUGGGAUAUCGGAAUUGCAUCCUAGGCUUUGAGUUUCCAACUUGACAGAUAGGUGACCAGAAAAUUCAAUUAUUCGAAAUUUUUUUUUGUAAGCUGAGCCAGCAUAGUGGCCCAGUGUCUCUGACUCACUGAUAGCGAGCUCAAAUCCUCGUCCUUGAGGACUAACACAGAAGAGCCGUACUCGGACUGUCAAGCAAGCUAUGGAGCGAUUGUGAAGAUGUGGCUUUUUGACCUCCAGCCUUAGGUCUCAGGGAGCUUUUCUAUAAUCUUAACUAACAUUAACAUUAGCAGAUUAUUAUUGGAUUUAGGGUUGAAGCUACUGUUGGGUUAUGGAAAACAAUAAUUGUUUAUUUUGGUUCUGGAAUAGGAGGAAUACUAGUUUCAUCUCUUUUUUCACCUUUAAGUUUAGCUGUAGGGGCAUCCACUGCUAUUUUUGGGCUCACAACUGCCAUUUUGGCCUGAAUAGUGUUAAAUUGGACAAGUUUAGAAGGAAAUCCUAACAGGAUAAACUCAUUGAUUUGGGUCAUAAUAUUAAUAGUCAUCAACCUUGUUAUGGUAAUUUCUAUUUAGCCAUCAAGUUCUACUGAUAGUUUUGGGCAUAUAGGAGGCGCUUUAUUUGGGCUCCUUAUAAGCUUUUUAAUUUUUGACACCAUAAAUUCCCCAACAAAAAAUGAAAAUUUGAUAAAAAAAUGUGCAGGGAUAAUUUUGCUAUUUUUCUCAAUAGGUGGGUUUAUUACAUUUUUCACGCUAAUAGAAACUAACUAA